GGCAAACUACGGCGCAGGAGACAAGGCGGGAAAUAAACGUGCGAUUCGAACGAAUGAAUGGUUCGAGAUUCGAAAACUGUGUCCGUGAUUGAAUUGGCGGCCGAGGAAGGUCAGUAUAAUUCUCAAAGAUGGGCAAGGAGGUGAACAAGAUUGAUGAUUUUGUGAAGCUAGAAAAGAUCGGAGAAGGCACCUAUGGCGUGGUAUACAAAGCUCAGCACAAGACCACCGGUAACAUCGUGGCCAUGAAGAAGAUCCGUCUGGAGACGGAGGAAGAGGGUGUACCGAGUACUGCCAUCCGGGAGAUCUCGCUGCUCAGGGAGCUGGUACACCCGAACAUAGUCAGUCUGGAGGAUGUACUGAUGCAGGAGAAGAAGCUGUACCUGGUGUUUGAGUUCCUAUCGAUGGACCUGAAGAAGUACAUGGAUACGCUCGGCAGCAAACAGAUGGACAAGCAGCUGGUGAAGUCAUACACCUACCAGAUCACGCAGGGUAUCCUCUUCUGUCACCAGCGUCGUAUUCUUCACCGUGAUCUGAAGCCGCAAAACCUGCUUAUCGACCGAGAUGGUGUCAUUAAGAUCGCUGAUUUCGGUCUAGCGCGUGCCUUCGGUGUGCCGGUUCGGGUCUACACACACGAGGUGGUGACGCUGUGGUACCGCGCUCCGGAGGUUCUGCUGGGAUCUCCGCGCUACUCCUGUCCCGUGGAUAUCUGGUCGAUCGGCACCAUCAUGGCAGAGAUGGUGAAGAAGCGACCGCUGUUCCACGGGGACUCCGAGAUCGACCAGCUCUUCAGGAUAUUCAGGACGCUGAAGACUCCCACUGAGGAGAUCUGGCCAGGGGUCAGUGACCUGCCCGACUACAAGCCGAGCUUCCCCAACUGGACGGAGAACCAGCUGGCUGACAGCGUCAGCGGCAUCUGCCCUGAGGGUCUGGACCUGCUGCAGCAAACGCUCAUCUACGACCCUGCUAAGCGCAUCACCGCACGUGCCAUGCUGAAGCACCCCUACUUCUCCGAUCUGGAUAAGAGCUCGCUCCCGGCGGACAACUGUUGAAGGGCUGGAGAAAGACGAGAAGAAGAAAGAAAGGGAUGGGAAGGGUGGGGAGAAUGAGAAGAGGAGGGAUGGAGGAGUGAUGUGGAGAGGGAAGAGGUAUAGAGGAAGACAUGAACGAGAAUGAUGGAUUAGGAUAUUGGUCUGCUUGAAAGAUUCAGGCAGAAAGGUAGGGUGGUGAAAAGAAAGAGCGGGAAGGAGGCAAAAAGAGUGCCUUCGUAACCGGAUAGAGCGGCGGAAAAAGGACACAGGGACCAACUGACUGUCCGGAAUCAAUAGAGAUUAAGGAUGAAUGCUGGAAGAGUGAAAUUUUUUGUUGAGUCUAGGUAGAUUCGUCCAGAGAUGAACGAUCGCCUGUUUCCGUGUUGUGCUUUCUGCUUGUGUGGUCAUUCGGUGACGAAGGUCGCGGGUUCGAAACCCGGUAUCGUCACAGUUUUCUUCCGUCUUCUGUGUAGUGUGUAUGUACUGUGCGUGUCUUAGCUUCGUGAAGCGCUGAAGUGGGUGGCUCACUCCCGUAUAUUUCGGUCGAAAUGGAUGUCUGAUGGAGUGGACGACAAUUACGAGGUGUAUCCGCAUCGAAAAUAGCUGCUAAGCUAAGAAUGAAUGACACCCUCCUAUUUCUGCGGAGAUUGAUGUGGUGAAUGACUAUUUCUUGGUGUUUUUCGGUCGAGAAAACGCUCUAAGCAUGAAUGGCUCGCUUUCAGUUGUGUAUUUCUGUCGAGAAUGUCACAUUUGGUGAUCGGUUGUGCUCGAAUGAACAAGUGUGUCAGGCGUGGAAGAAUGAUGAAUGGUAGACGGUUGAUGCAUGGAAAGGACAUUUUUCGUUGAUAAAAAUAUACAGUCCGAUUGACUCA